AUGUCACCAUGGAAGAAUAAAUAUCUUUUAUAUGCUAUUACUUUAUCAAUAUCAUUACAUAUGAUGAUUCUUUAUAUUCCUAUGUUUAAUACUGUAUUUCAAAUUUGUCCACUUUCAUUAGAAGAAUGGUUGGCUGUAAUUAAAAUUUUUCAAUCAGUUAUAUUAUUAGAUGAACUAUUGAAAUUUAUUGUACGUUAUAUAUAUUGA